GAAAUGAGUAGUACGACGAAGAACAGUGGAGUUGGAAGAAAAUAAACAUUUUAUUUAAUUUUAUCAAAAAAAUAAACGGAAAUGUUUUCUUUUUCCUUCGGCUUAAUUUCCAUGCGCUUUCCUCUGGUCUCCUUUUUUCCUCGCCGAUUGUUUUUUUCUGAUUUCUUUUUUCCCUAUUUUAUCAGAAGCCAUAUCUCGAUUCUCUACUAGCUUCGCAGCCACAAUCUGAGCUCUCUCAUCGGCUAUUAAAGCUUUGGAAGAAGCUGAUCUGCUAGGUUUUUGUCGCUUCUCAUCCAAAGAUGGGUAGUUCUUCAGCUCAAGUGGCGGUGGAUGUCGAUGGAGGUUUAGAGAAGGGGAUUUUGACUGUAGCAUCGAAUCAAAACCCUUUGGCUGAGCCCUCGCCGACGCCGUCUCCGUCGUCAACUGCGACGGCUCCGGCUCUUGUCCUGUCCAAUUCAGGGAAGCGGAUGGACCAAGCGGGGAAGAAGAAGUACGUGAAGCAAGUAACCGGACGGCACAACGACACCGAGCUUCAUCUGGCGGCGCAGCGGGGAGAUCUGGCCGCCGUGAAACAGAUUCUCGAUGAUAUAGAUUCACAGAUGGUGCGGAACCUCAGUGGCGCCGACUUCGAUGCGGAGGUUGCGGAGGUUCGAUCGUUAGUAGUGAACGAGGUCAACGAAUUGGGGGAGACGGCUCUGUUCACUGCCGCAGAAAGAGGGCACAUAGAGGUCGUCAAGGAGCUGUUGAAGUAUUCCAAUAAGGAGACUCUCACAACGAAGAACAGGUCUGCUUUCGAUCCGCUGCAUAUUGCUGCAAGUCAAGGACACCAUGAAAUUGUCCGGGUGCUUCUUGAUCAUGAACCUUCACUGAGCAAAACGAUUGGACAAUCGAAUGCCACUCCACUCAUAACUGCUGCAGCACGGGGCCAUACAGCCGUAGUAGAGGAAUUGCUUAACAAAGAUCGCAGUCUGCUAGAGAUUUGUAGAUCUAACGGUAAAAACGCACUGCAUUUUGCUGUGCGCCCAGGACAUACUGAAAUUGUAAAACUAUUACUCAGCAAAGAUCCACAGUUAGCACGAAGAAAUGACAAGAAGGGCCAAACUGCACUGCACAUGGCUGUCAAAGGGCAGAGCCGUGAUGUGGUGAAGUUGCUUCUUGACGCAGAUGCUGCCAUUGUAAUGCUUCCUGAUAAAUUUGGUAACACUGCACUGCACGUUGCCACAAGGAAGAAGCGUGUGGAGAUAGUGCAGGAGCUUCUGCUCCUUCCAGAUACCAAUGUGAAUGCACUAACCAGAGACCACAAAACUGCUCUUGACAUAGCUGAGGACCUUCCUCUCUCAGAAGAAUCAUCAGAAAUCAAGGACUGUCUUUCUCGUUACGGAGCUGUCAGAGCCAACGAACUGAACCAACCGAGAGAUGAAUUGCGGAACACGGUGACCCAAAUUAAGAAAGAUGUCCAUACCCAACUCGAACAAACCAGAAAAACAAACAAAAAUGUACAUAAUAUCUCUAAAGAGCUCAGAAAGCUGCACAGGGAAGGAAUCAACAACGCAACCAAUUCAGUCACGGUGGUGGCUGUGCUCUUCGCAACGGUUGCUUUUGCAGCCAUCUUUACCGUGCCCGGUGGCGACAACGACGACGGAACAGCCGUUGUGGUGGGCUCUGGUUCUUUCAAAAUCUUCUUCAUCUUCAACGCAAUUGCCUUGUUUACGUCGUUGGCAGUCGUGGUGGUGCAGAUUACAUUGGUCAGAGGUGAGACGAAGGCGGAAAGACGAGUCGUGGAGAUCAUAAACAAACUCAUGUGGCUGGCUUCUGUUUGUACUUCGGUCGCAUUCAUGGCAUCGUCCUACAUCGUGGUUGGCCGCAAAUAUCAAUGGGCUGCAAUAUUGAUUACCGUAGUUGGAGGUGUGAUAAUGGCGGGUGUUCUUGGCACCAUGACUUACUAUGUUGUGAAAUCUAAGAGAACUCGAUCCAUCAGGAAGAAAGAAAAGAGUGCGAGGAGGAGCGGCUCCAACUCAUGGCAUCACUCUGACUACUCAAAUUCAGAAGUUGAUCGAAUUUACGCUCUUUAGAAUUAGACAAGACUUGCAAAUUUUCAAGUUAUUUGGUGUUGACUGUUGAGCAAAUGUUUGUAUGUAUGUGUAUGCGUACAAAGUCAAUUCUCUCUUUCAAUAAGUUUGAUAACUUAUUGAAACCAAUUUACAUGAAGGAUGCAAGUAAAUCAA